GCAACGUCUUGCCACUACAGAUUGGGGUUUUGCUUGUUUUCUGGCAGUUCUGUUCUCUUCCCUGGUUGUUCUGAAUUACUGAUUGAUAAAUCCAAGGAGCAGCUAUGACAUCAUACAGCAGUGCAGUGUACAAAGUGACCAGUGGUGGUAACUCGACAAAAGUAGGCCCAUCUAUCCGUCAGCAAAGCAGUGGGUUCAGCUCUUCUGGACCUUUAGCUGGUGAUCUCAUAAAUGGGGUACAGAGCAAAUCUGCAUAUAAAUUGAGUUCCACCCCAGCAGUAUCUGGGGGAUCCUUAACUAGUGGGGGAAGUAAUGCAGGCUACACUCCUGUCAUUACUGCUGUAUCUUUUAACAAGAACUUGCUGGCUCCUAUAAAACUGGACAUUGAUCAAUCCAUUGGGAUACUCCGAACACAUGAGAAAGACGAAAUCAAAACCCUCAACAAUAAAUUUGCCUCCUUCAUUGACAAGGUGCAAGUAUUGGAAAAACAGAAUAAACUACUGGAAACAAAGUGGGCACUGUUGCAGGAACAAGAACAGAAGAAAGUAAAAUCCAAUAUCGAACCAAUGCUUGAAUCAUUCAUAAACAGCCUCAAAAAACAGCUGGACGUAAUAAAUGAUGAAAAAGAAAAGCUGGAGAAGGAGUGCAAGCAAAUGCAAGAUGUGGUGGAAGACUACAAAACCAGAUAUGAAGAUGAAAUAUGCAAACGCACUUCUGGUGAAAAUGAGUUUGUUAUGAUGAAAAAAGAUGUUGAUUCAGCGUUCAUGGUCAAAUCUGAAUUGACAGAUAAAGUGGACCGUCUUACUGAUGAAAUUAAUUUUCUUCGUCAGCUGUAUGAUGAGCAACUUCGUGAGCUACAAAAUGAUAUCAAUGAUGUGUCAGUCAUUGUUGAGGUUGACAAUCGCCGCAAUUUGGACCUGGAUGGUAUUGUUGCAGAUGUAACGUCUCAGUAUGAAGCUAUGCUUGCCAAGAGUCGUGAUGAGGUUGAGGCAUGCCACAAGGCUAAGAUUACAGAGAUAUCGUCUGCAAUAGGGAAAUAUGAUGAUGAGCUACGAAACACCAAGUCUGAAAUUCAUGAACUGAACCGAUAUAUCCAAAGGCUGAAUGCAGAAAUUGAAUCUUUAAAGAACCAGCGUGCAUCUCUGGAGUUAGCUAUUGGUGAAGCAGAAGGACAUGGUGAAAUGGCCGUUGCUGAUGCAAAAAGUCGUAUAAGUGAAUUGGAAGCUGCUUUGCAGAAGGCCAAACAAGAUAUGGCUACCCAGAUACGUGAAUACCAAGAUCUGAUGAACAUCAAGCUGUCUCUGGACAUUGAGAUUGCUACAUACAGAAAACUGUUAGAAGGAGAAGAAUACAGGAUGGCAUCUGAGACACCCGUCAAUAUACGUUCUGUGUCAUCGAAUAAUGCCGCUUUCUAUAAUUUACAAGAAUCGGCUUCAAUGCCCAUCAGGUCUGCUGCUCCACCAAAGAGUGUUGUUAUUAAGACAGUGGAAUCCAUUGUCAGUGGAAGCAUAAAAGGAAGAAACAGUCGCCCUUAAGAGUUGGGAACUUUGACCAUGUCAGGAUCACGGAUAAGCUCAGGUGGAUCACAUUGAGGCUUCUGAGAAUGCAUUUCAUUAGCGCAUCAAUCCAGAAGAAAACUUCACAGUAUCCUGUAAUGGAGACCAGAAGACUAAUAUGAACAUUUACUUGGUUGAACCCAAUGAUACUAAAAUAUGCAUGGAUCACUGAGUUUACAUUCUUACCAUUAUUGCUCAUAACAAAGGAAGCACAAUGUAAAUUAACAAGAUAAUUACAAUUAUUCUGUAUGAUAUGAAGUACUUUGAUUAAAUAUUUUUAAAUACCUGGACUAUCUCUAAUGCAUACUGUUAAGAAACAGCCACUUCAUGGCUUCAUUCUAAAAGCCAUGGUGAAAAAAAAUAAAAUAAUUUCUAAGA